ACUCGCUAGAAAUAGGCUUGAACCAGUCGUUAACGAACAAAAAUAGCCUAAGUAAUCUGCUUAAUAAUUUAAAACUCUAAUCAUCGCAAAUUAAUCCCACAAAUUAUGCAUUUAACUCGAUUGCCACACGCCAUUAUGUAAGCCAGCUCUUCUCUGUAUAUAAAGUCUUAACACAUUCCUGAAAUUCGAAGCAGACAGGCUUCAGCCUCUCUGUAAAUUAAACAGUUUUUUCGUUCUCAAAUUCUGGAAAGGGUCAGGGUUAAUGUUUUUAUUCAUUAAUUUAUAAUUAACAAUGGCACCUGUUGUAAUCAUAACUCUAUUGAUAUGUGCAGCUCUGCUAAUUUCACCUUCAUUUUCCCUCACCUGUACCUCACAGAAACUUACAAACGAAAAAACUUUUAGAGACUGCGUUGAUCUCCCACAACUGGACGCCUACCUGCAUUAUUCCUAUAACUCCUCUAAUUCCUCUCUCUCAAUCGCCUAUGUAGCAACUCCUGCCAAGCCAGACGGCUGGGUCGCAUGGGCCAUAAACCCAAGUUCCUCAGGCAUGGUAGGUGCACAGGCUUUGCUAGCAUUCAAAUCCAAGGGUGCACCGGUGGUCAAAACAUACCCCAUUAGCGCAUACGGCCCCAUCAAGGAAGGCAAGCUCUCGUUUGAUGUUUGGGAUUUGAGCGCUGAAUCUUUGGAUAAUAAUAUGGUGAUAUUUGCUUCGGUGAAGGUUGAUGAAAAGGCAAACAAGGUGAACCAAGUUUGGCAAGUUGGCCCCUCUGUCAUCGAUGGCAAUCCUGCCCCCCAUGAAAUGAAAGAUGCUAAUACAAAGUCCACUGGAGUUUUAACAUUGGUUGGUAGUGGUGCCGGACAAGCUCCUGGUUCCACAACCUCAACACCGGCUGCUUCAACACCUUCUCCUUCGACUGAGAAGUCUGAGGCUUCGGCGAUUGGGAAAUUGGGCGGAUUAAUAAUUGUUAUGCUUGGCAGCUUCAUUGGAUUUUAAUCCUAAUGUCUGGGAUGUUCAAUUCACGGUUUCAAUUGUAUCUAUAAUAAAAUCAUUAUAUAAGAUUUUUUAAUU